GCGCAGGCGCAGUCUCCGCGCGCGCGCCUCGCCGGCGCCUCCAUCCCGGAUCCUUGCUGCAGCGUCAGCGCCGCCGCCCGUGCCUUUCCUCUUCCUCCUCCUUCUCCUUGGCCUCCGCCUCCUCUUUCCCCUCCGUCCUCCCCGGCUGCCUCCGCUGCUCCCGACGCGGAGCCCGGAGCCCGCGCCGAGCCCCCGGCCUCGCGGUGCCAUGCUGCCCCGGCGGCGGCGUUGAAGGAUGGCGACGCCGCUGCCUCCGCCCUCCCCGCGGCACCUGCGGCUGCUGCGGCUGCUGCUCUCCGGCCUCGUCCUAGGCGCGGCCCUGCGUGGAGCCGCCGCCGGCCACCCGGAUGCAGCCGCCUGUCCCGGGAGCCUGGACUGUGCCCUGAAGAGGCGGUCACGGUGUCCCCCUGGUGCACAUGCCUGUGGGCCCUGCCUUCAACCCUUCCAGGAGGACCAGCAAGGGCUCUGUGUGCCCAGGAUGCGCCGGCCUCCGGGUGGGGGCCGGCCCCAGCCCAGACUGGAAGAUGAGAUUGACUUCCUGGCCCAGGAGCUUGCCCGGAAGGAGUCUGGACACUCAACUCCGCCCCUGCCCAAGGCCCGACAGCGGCUCCCAGAGCCUGCCACCCUGGGCUUCUCAGCACGGGGACAAGGACUGGAGCUGGGCCUCCCCUCCACUCCAGGAACCCCCAUGCCCACGCCCCACACCUCCCUGGGCUCCCCUGUGUCAUCCGAGCCGGUGCACAUGUCGCCCCUGGAGCCCCGGGGAGGGCACGGCGACGGCCUUGCCCUCGUGCUGAUCCUGGCAUUCUGUGUGGCCGGCGUGGCUGCCCUCUCCGUAGCCUCUCUCUGCUGGUGCAGGCUGCAGCGUGAGAUCCGCCUGACCCAGAAGACUGACUACACCGCUGCAAAGUCCCCUGGCUCACCUGCAGCGCCCCGGAUCUCGCCUGGGGACCAGCGGCUGGCACACAGCGCGGAGAUGUACCACUACCAGCACCAGCGGCAGCAGAUGCUGUGCCUAGAGCGGCAUAAAGAGCCACCCAAGGAGCUGGACACGGCCUCCUCGGAUGAGGAGAAUGAGGACGGAGACUUCACAGUGUACGAGUGCCCGGGCCUGGCCCCAACCGGGGAAAUGGAGGUGCGCAACCCUCUAUUCGACCACGCCGCACUGUCCGCGCCCCUGCCGGCCCCCGGCUCACCGCCUGCGCUGCCAUGACCUGGAGGCAGACAGACGCCCACCUGCUCCCUGACCUCGAGACCCCCGGGGAGGGGCAGGGCCCGGAGCUUCCCACUAAAAACAUGUUUUGAUGCUGUGUGCUUGUGACUGGGCCUUGGGCUUCAGGCCCUGGGAUCCCUUGCCAGGGAGACCCCCAAACAUUUGUGCCAGGAGACCUCCUGGUCCCCUGCACCUCUCCUGUUCGGUUUGGACCCCCAAACUGGAGGGGCAGGGAGAACCGUGGAGCGCAGGAAUGGGUGGGGAAUUCUAGAGACAAAAGCCAAUUAAAGUCCAUUUCAGACCUGCGG